UCAACGUGGAAACUCACCACCCUCAGGAUAUCCUCCGCGCGAUUCUCCGAACAACGAUAGCCACGCCUACAAUUCUCUCCUUCCCCCUCGCCCUCCUCCUUCUCCCUCUCCACCCCCGACUGCUGUAUGUUCACCCUUCAACCCUUAUUGAAUUAAGGUUAUCAUUUGAUUUUGAGGAGAGCCACCAGUCGGUCGUCGUCUCGUGCUUUGGGCUCUUAAGCGGGGGACUAUAUACGGGCAAAAAACUUUUCGUAUCACACGGAUCUGGGGGAUAAUCGCAAUAAUUUGAUAUCGGCCUUUGCUCUCUCGCUUGAUACGAUUAUAAUCAAACCUGUGUAUAAGCAUAGCCUGGGCGGUCUUGUGCAACCGAUAUAAACUCUCUGCAACGUGUACCCAGUGGAACAGAGAGGGAGUUUAUCGCUUAUGUCUAUGUGCCCGUGUCGGAGAGAGAAAGAGUCCGAGAGAUCGCGGUCUCGAUGUUAAGUGGUUAGGUGAAGAUACACCUUUGAGGGUGGAGAGAAAACAGAGAAAGUCUUGGAGAAGGAGGAGAACGAAAGAUACGAGGAAAAGGAGAGGAUAGAGAAGAUAAGACGCGAAGAACGUUAAUAUAGAGAAGAGAUAACUUGUGGGAGAGAGUCGCGUGAACAAGGGACGAGGGAAUUCCUGAGUCAAGUCGAGGACGUGAUUUUCCAACUUAUAGCCAAUUUCUCGACCUUCUUUUUUCGCUCUCCGCGACAUUAUUAUGUUUUGUUGAACUAAUACGGGUUUGUGUUCGCGAUGUUCAUCGAUACUAGUCGAACGUAAUAUCGUUGGAAAGAGGGAAAUUUUCCUCUUCAAUUCGUCGCCCUUAACGAAUUGGAAAUCCGUUGGAUAAAGGACCCGUGGAAAGAGGAAGAAAAAUCGUCGAGUCUCAAAUUUCUCUCUUCGAUUCAGUGCAACUCGAGCGACGUUAGAGGGCGUCUGUACGAAAAUUUCGUGGAACACGUUGCCAGUGACGGAAGAGUUUUUCGAUCUUUUUUUUGCAAUUUAAUAUUAUAACGGUGAUUAUAAUAAUACAAUUCGAAGACAGUGUUUGCGGUGUGAUUUUUUUUUAAUCCCGUGAAUUCCCGAUCUUAAAAACAUCUUGUUUUCGAAUCCGCAUCCAAAAAAAUGAGUCUGGAAAUGAUACGUUAAAUAAUAUUGUGUGAACGUCCGGUAAAAAAUUGACACUCUUGACCGGAUUUCGAGUUGCCGUCGCUCGCCGUAAAUUCUCUACUCUCGAGUCGAUUUCUAAUCGAUAGUCACUUCGGUGACGUGAAAAAUCGAAGAGAGCCAUGCUUCGAAUAAUCCACGAAAAUGUACGCGUCAAAGUUGCAAUUGCAAGUGAAUUUUCAAUCGAAUUGUGAGUGAAUCGUCAUUCGUUUUUGACUCGAAGACCAGUCGAUUCGAACCGGAUGUACAGUGAAAUCUAGCGAAAUUGGUCAAAAAUAAGUGAAAUUGAUGAAGCGAAUUGAGACAAGCUGCUAAAAUUUAUCACAGUGAAAUUGUUGAAUGCGAAAAAUUCUACUAACUACGGAGGAAUAAUCGCGGUUGAAUUCGGGCAGGAAUAACAGUGAAAUAUUAAGAUCGGAAAUAAUUACAGUGGAAUCAGAGUCGAUAGAAAUUUUGUAGUGAAAAAAAUGAGUAAUUAAAUGACAUUUAACGCCGUCCAUGCGAAUGAGCUGCCGGGAUAAUCGGUCGUAAAUUCAAUAUUAAAGAGGAAAAAUAAAACGGAUAAUGGACUAUUCGUACUUGAAUCAAGCUGCGGCCGCGGCAGCCGCCGGUUUCGAAGCAUCGAGUUGUGCUCUCGCUGCGAGCGAGAUGCAAUGUGGUUAUGGUGAUCUUAGCUCGUGUUCGCAAAUGAGCCAAGCGGCAUAUCGUUACACGGCAGCGAGAGCGGCCGGCUAUCCCGGCAAUGCUGGAACAACCGGCGGGACAAACGGUCCGUCGCUCGGUUCCCAUCAUCCGGCACACAGUCAUGCCCACGCGCAUCACGCGGCACACGCAUCCCCGUGUUCUGUAAUGGCCGCCAGAACUCAGGACGUUCAUCGACACGCGGCAUCCAUCUUCCCGUCGGCCAUCAAUCUUCAAGGUGGUCUCGGAUACAAAGCGUACUCGGGUCACGACGGUCUGGCGGAAAAGCGGAAACAGCGUCGAAUACGAACGACUUUCACAUCAGCUCAGCUGAAGGAGCUCGAACGGGCGUUUCAGGAGACUCAUUAUCCGGAUAUUUACACGAGAGAAGAAAUCGCGAGAAACAUUGACCUGACGGAAGCGAGGGUACAGGUAUGGUUCCAAAACAGAAGGGCAAAGUUUCGUAAGCAGGAACGUCUUGCCCAGCAAAAAUCGAGUGGUCAACAGAGCGCCGGCAGCGCUGGGAUGGGGGUGGAAAGCGGCGCUUCGAGUCCGGUCUCCGCGAACGUAAAGGCCGAGGGUCGAUCACCGAGAAGUCCUGCGACACCGAACGGCGCCUCGAGCAAUCAUCCCUCCAACUCCGAGGUCAAACCAAUGACGAAUCCUAAUCUUUUGAACGUGAAGCUCAGCGGGGACGGGCACAACGAUGCAAACUCCCCAAACGGGAGGGGAAGCGUCGGCGGUUGGGGCUCCUGUAGCCCCCGACCAUUCGCGACAACUUUGCCACCUUAUCUGCUCGAUCCGUUGCCCUUGAAGACCGCAAAUUUGUACUAAUCUACGAGAGUGAGAAAAAACUGUUGGUUCUAUUCUUUUUUUUCGAGAUUGUAUAGAAAAACGCUCUCUUUUUUUCUCGCCCUCAAUCGAUGAAAGCGUUUUAGGAAUUUCGGGAUAAAAAACAUGCACUCGAUUCCACGAUCGAUUGAUUGCGAAACUCCAAAGUUUAACAGCUCGUCGAUCCUGUACAUAAAAAAAAAACAAAUACUCGAGCAGAAUUGUCUGGCUCGUUUGAGAAAUUGGGCAACUGAUUGAGGAACAUUGGAAACUGAAAUGUCAAAAUUCCAACAAAAAAUAGCUUGCAACCAAUUGAGUAAUUAAUUUUCUUCAAUCCUUGAACAAACUUUGUCACUCGGUCAGUCGAAUUUCAUCGUUCAAAAAUCUUCAUUUCAAUCGCAUCUGAAUUCUUUUUUCUUUCUCUGAUUGAACGACGAAUAUUGUUUGAGUUCUCAAUCACGAGCGCAACCUCCGUCCGUCGCAAGUUUUUCCGGUGAAAAGACUCGAAGAAAAGAGAAAUUAACGAAAGGACGUAAGCGUCCAGUGCUCCGAAGCAGUUCCGCAUGUUUUCGAAACAAAACAUUUUUCCUCCUCGUUUCUCGCCAUUCAUAAAUUCCAACAUUGAGCGAACUCGGAGGCUGACGAGACGAAUGAAGGACACGAGCAGGAACUGUCGAAUUAUAGGAUAAAAUGUAUAGUGAAACCGUAUUUUAGUGGUUCGAGAAAGUGAAACAGCGUCAACGAAGACGCGGAAUUCCCGCCCUCUCCCCUUCUCCCUCACAUUUCCCUCGCACUAAUUCGUACAUGUGUCAUAUUAAAAUGACGGAAAAAAAAGAAUUCAAUUCUUCUACCAAUUAAUAUAUCAUUAUGUGUGACUGGAAAAAGAAAAAACUUGUACAGUUGUUGCUAUGAAAUAUAUGAAAUCAGUGUUUUACACAAUAAUAGUAAUUACCUCGACGCC